AUCUGCUUGAGAUGUACUUGCCAGAGAUUGAGAAGAAUUGAGGUGAUAAAAAUGACAUCGAAUAUAUCCGCUUGUGAUAUUGCAAAGUGUGAUUACUGUGGGAAAGGUUGCUCAGUUUUCACUUCUAAGUCAGGGUCACAUGUUGGAAGGAAAUUUUUUAAAUGUUCAAUGAAUUGCCACUUCUUCAUGUGGGUUGACCAUCUUAAGAUGUGUGACUGUGGGAACGGUCAGUGUAAGGUCAGAACUGCGAAAACAAGUGCAAAUUAUGGUCGAUAUUUUUGGUGCUGUCCACAAUCAACUGGGGUUGAAAACAAAGGUUGUGGAAUGUUUGAAUGGAUAUCAAGUUCAAGCCCAAGUUGUGAUACUUACCAGACUCCACCUAGGUCCCUAUGCUCAGAAACAUCAACUUCAUCAUCUCCUUCCCCUUCAUCAGACUAUAUCAAAGGAUACUUGAACGGUGCAAUAAAAGAAUCUGAGGGUCAUAUGAGGAUGUUGAGAGAUGUUCUUGACGUAGUCAAGAAGCUUGAUUUAAACAAAAAUGUAUGAUGAACUUUUUUGGAACUUUUUAGAAAGAAAAGUCUGAAGCCAUUGUAAUGAUAUUGAGUUCAUUAUCUAUUUUUUUUUUUGUUCAUAGAAAGACUUAAUUAGCAUUUACUAGUACCUGGAUGGACUC